AUGGCGCAACCGGCGGCAGUGGAUUUCGCCCUUCCUCCGCCCGCGGACCCCCUUGCCGCCGCCCCGCGCGCGACUCACCGCGGGCGGGCGUCCGCCCGGCGGCGCGCGCAGCGGAAGCUGGCGUCGUGCCUGGACCGCCUGGGCGCGUGGAGCCCGUUCGGGCAGGCGGAGGGCGCGCAGGAGGAGGCUGUAGGGGCGACCCGCGGAACUGCCGCGGCGGCGGCGGAGAGGGCCAUGGAUGAUCGCGAGGAGGCCGGACGUGGGGAAGGGAAGGAUUGGACAGAGGAAACAGAGGACGGGGGCGCGGCGGGGCGAGGAGCGAGCAGCUGUGAAGAGGUGCGCGCGGCGCAACCGCUACAGGUGCACGGGAAGGCGUGGCGCUGCGCCGCCACCUUUAGCGCCCCGGCCCACGCCCACGCCCCCGCCGCAGCAGCCACAGCAGUGCCCUCCCCCUUCGCCAAAGCUGGCAGGCUCGGGGCGGCGGAGCUUGCCAAACCGGAGCAUGAGGCUCGGUUGGGCUUCCGAGGCAGAGGCGUGCGCGUGUCAGGGUGGUCCGGGGGCAGCUCGGACGAGAGCUGGCACGCGCUGGAGCAGCAGGCAGCCCGACGAGCAGGAGUGGGGGUGGGGGAGCACGUGGUGGUGCUGGCGAGGGCUGCUGGGCGCACAGCCCUGGCAGCAGGCGUGUGGGAUUCGGCACGCUGGCAUGCGAGAGUCGUGAGGCAGGCAGUGGGGGCAACGGUGGCCAAGGAAACGCAGGCAGCAUGGGGCCACCCAAAGCAAGGCGUGGGGCGGUGGGAAGGCGGAGGGGGCUGUCAGCGCGAGCAGAGGCGCGGAAGCGAAGCGAGGAGGUGGAGGGCCGUGGGGGGGAGAUGGAGCGGGGGGGGAGGGGAGAGGGCCGCGUUGCAUGUGGAGGGCGAGGGGCGAGGAGAGGGGUGGAGGGAGGGAGGGGGCGGGCGGGCGGGCAGGGAUGAGGCAGUGGAGGCAGGGGAAGGUAGUGGGGCGGGGGCAGGGGGAGAUGCUGUGCUUGCUGCUCGUGGUGCUCCUGCUGCUGACGUGGACGGUCCAGCUGGUGAGGGAAACAACUUGGAAGCUUCUAGAUGGAGGAGGCGGGGGGUGAGGAGGCACAGAGUGGGGGUGGCAGGGGAGGGAGCAGGCGGGGUUCUGGAAGGAGGAGGGAGAGAGAGGGGUGGGGGGAGUGGAGAGGGUGGGUUGGGUGGGGGAGUUGCGGCGGUGGGUAGUGGCAGCGGCGGCAAGGGGCACGGCACAGCAGAGGGGGAGGACAGAGGCCGGGAGAGUGGCGGGGCAGGCGGCAUGGUGGUUGGAGUGACAGGGACGAGGCAGGUGUGUGGACGCAAGAGGGCGGGACGGGAGGUGUUUCGGGGAGAUGGGGGGAGCGACAGCAGUGAUUAUCAUGCUGAGGUGGAGGAAGGGGGAGAGGGGGAUGAGGAGGAGGAGGAGCAGGAGGAGGAAGGUGAGGAGGAGGAGGAGAGAGGCACAGCUGGUGCGGGUGGGUGGGAGGCAGGCAGAGGGGGAGAGUGGGGCGUGUGGGGAGGCGAGGUGAUGGCGGAGGAGACAGGUUGGGCGGCGGAGUGGGCGGGGUGCAGAAUGGCUGUGAGGGGGGGCGGGGAGGCGAGUGAGAGCUCGGAGGAGGAUGGUGGCAGCGGAAGCAGGGGUGUUGGGCAGAUGGCAGUGGGGGUAGGGCGGGGUACAUGGCGAUGGAAGGAGGGCAGGCAGCUAACAUCCUCCCCUCUCCCCCCUGGCGUCACCAUUGUGCAGCUUCGGAAGAGGCGGCGCUUCAGCGUGCAUGCAUGGCAAGGCGGAGUGGGAGUGGCGGUGACAGGGGGCCACACCAGCGACCCUGCUGCAGCCCCAUGCGACACCUCCUGUGCCUCCGACCCCCUCGCUCCCUCCCUCUCCCUCUCCGCCUCCGCCAGUGCUGCCAUUCUCUCUGACCCCACUAUCCUGCUGUCUGACCGUGCUGCUGUGCCGCCCUCCCCCUCCCUCUCUGACCGCGACCGUCUCUCCGACGCCCAUCCUCACUCGGAGCUGGGCAGGAGCUCUGAUGCUGGCAGGCACUCCCCCGUACCGCACUUAACCUCACCUACUGCCCUUCCCGCUGCUGCUCCUGCUGGUGAUGGUGCAUUCAAGGGCGGCAGCAGUGGGAGCAGCGGGCGGCAGGUGGGCAGCGGGAAGCACGUGAGCCGGGCGAGUGGCGAGCUGUACUAUGGCCACUCGCGCCCUGCCGGUUCGUCCCGCCCCACGCGGCAGCAGCAUGGGCCGCGCGGGGCUGUCAGGCCGGCACGGCAGCAGCGGGUGGAGGCGGGGCGUAGCAGCAGCAGCAGCCGGCGCUGCAGUGCUGCUGCCAGGGGAGCCCAGGGUGGUGCGGGCCGGUGUGGUGGGCGCGUGGGGAAUGGUGCAAGUGGAGGGGGAGGGUUGGGUGUGGAUGGGUGGAGGCAGAGGGGGGGUGUGGAGGAGGGGUGGGAGGAGGGCUGGCAGGUGGCGGUGGUGCCGGGAGGAGGGGGGUAUGUGAGCAGCAGCAGCACGGGGAUUGACCUGCCUCAAGGGGCACGAGAGAGGUGGUCCACAGCAGCGGUGAGCACGCCGAGGAGCAUAGUGGAGGGGGAGGCGCUGCCGCUGGGCAGAGAGUGGGCGAGAGGCGGGGCGUGGGCGAGGGAGGGGCCGUGGGAGCAGGAGCAGGGGCGCGCGGGGGAGGAGAGGCGCAGCGGGCGGGUGGGGAGUGAGGGGCAGAGCGGAGGGGACUCGGGGUAUGGCAGUGACGUGGGGUAUGGCGGGGAUGGGGAACUGGGGAGUGAUGUGUGGGGUGGGGAGGAGGAUGAAGAGGAUGAGGAGGAUGAGAAUGAGUCUGGCAUGGUGCUUGCAUCAGCAGCAGCAGUGGUGCAUGCUGCUGUGCAUGUUGGUGUGUUCACAAACACUCAUCCUGGCACACAGGCUGGGGGGGUCACAUGUGGCACACGCAGUGCAAUGCAGCCUACCACCUGGCCCCCACCAGCAGCAGCAGCAGCAGCAGAAGCAGCUCUGCAGCCGUGCUGUUUCCAUCCAGCAGACUUUCAAAUCCCACCCAAAGUAGACUUGUGA